GAAAAGAAAUGCUAAGAAAUAAAGCUUUCUUCUUCUGCCUUGGAUAUUUAUAAUGGGUAUCGGAAAGUCUAAAAUACAUCCCUGCCCUCUUUCUCUCUCUUGGGGUAGAAGCCACAGCAUGGAUACAAGUGAAGGACAUCAUGAGUCAGAUUCCAACAAGUCCGAAGAUGUGUCCUUGUGUGAUGUCGCUGAGCAAAGCAGCACAACAGAGGAGCCAGCAAGAAAGUGGGAGGGAGCUGAGAGAGAAGAAGAAAUGCCUGAAGAGGAGGCAGGAGAGGAGUUCCUCAAAUUUGUGAUAUUGCACGCGGAAGAUGACACCAAGGAAGCCCUCAGAGUCCAGAAUCUGCUAGAAAAUGACUUUGGUGUCAAACCUGGAAUAAUCUUUGCUGAGAUGCCAUGUGGCAGACAGCAUUUACAGAAUUUAGAUGAUGCCGUAAAUGGGUCCGCAUGGACAAUCUUAUUAUUGACUGAAAACUUUUUAAGAGAUACCUGGUGUAGUUUCCAGUUCUAUACGUCCCUGAUGAACUCCGUUAACAGGCAGCACAAAUACAACUCUGUCAUACCCAUGCGGCCACUGAACAAUCCCCUUCCCCGCGACAGGACUCCUUUUGUUCUGCAAACCAUCAAUGCCUUAGAGGAAGAAAGUCGAGGCUUUCCUACACAAGUAGAAAGAAUUUUUCAGGACUCUGUGUAUAAGACACAACAAACUAUAUGGAAAGAGACGAGAAAUAUGGUACAAAGACAAUUUAUUGCCUGAAAUGAAAACACAAUGCAUGGCUGGCCCCUGUUUUGUAAGCCAAAUGAUUAAUCUGCACUUGAGAAAGCAAUUUCUAGGAAAUGUUUAAAUAAAAGAAAGCCUUUCUUUUUUAUGACAAAGCUUCCUCCAGAAAAUAGAGAGCCUUAUUCUUAUACAAACCUAUGGAGCACAAGAAAGAUAAAUUUCUUCAGGACAGUUCAUAGAAUUGUGGUACUUUUUGAUGUUUCAGUAAACUCGAGAUUGUCAGAGUUUCAAGAACUUUUCUCUCACGGUAUUCCUAUUUCAUGGAUAUGACAAAGGAUAUUCCCAAUUCUAUUCCUUGUAUUGAACCUUGAACAAAAACUUGUAUGAUAGUCAUUUUAAAAAUAUGAAAGAGAUAACACUUUCA